UUAUUUUGUGUUAUAGAAAGAAAGAAAGCAAGAAAUUGAUUUGUAGUUGAAGAAGCAGUUGCUGCUCUGCUCUCUGUCUCUCAGCUUUGCUUGUUCAAGAAACAAAAACCUGAGCUAAGUUAGGCCAACAGGUACAGUUUAGCUAGCCAGCUUCUCUCCAUACACCUUAUUCCCUUAUAAUCAAAGCAAAGCAAAGAAAGCUCUUGUUGGCUUUUCUUUUUCUUAAAUUUUUUUUGUGCAGUUGAUUCUUGGUCACCAUCUGAAACCCAACCUUCACCUUCCUGUCAUAUUCUUUCCAACCCCUCCAGUCUGCUUCUCUUCUCUUUCUUUAAUCAUAAAAAUACAAACUUUCUACUUACACUUUGGUUCUGUAAUUGUUCGGUGUGCUUAUUGGUGCCUUUGCUUAAAUACCCACUCUAGUUUUUCAAGUUCUGUGUGUGCUUUUGGGAACUUCUUUCUUUUCUUUUCUCUUUUUUUGUUUCAAGUCCUUUGUUAGGUCAAAGCUUUGUUAAUAAAGUUCCCCUUUUUAUUUGUGUUAAGGUUUGUUUAUAGAUGCCCUUUUGAGUUCUUGAUCGUGGGUUUUAAGAUACUCUGUAGCUGGAUUAGAAGAAUUCCUGGGAUUUCAAGAAUUAGAGUUAGCCAGGCUUGGCCCCACUGGCCACGGCUCUACCCUGAUGGUAUUUGCAUUUUUGCCUCACUGAAUUCUCAUGAGCUUCUACGCUUGCAAUUAGAAUAUACUGCCAAUCCAUUCCUUGUAUUUUCCAAUACAAUAUCUGUGAUCACUCUACUUGUCACAUACAAUUCAUGCUGCUGUUCAUUUUCCAGUCCAACUUAUACAACACCUAUAUCAGGUCAUGCUAUUUCUUGAUUAAUAAAUAAAUCUUUUACAUAUUUGCAAAACCAAUAAUCCAUAUUUGAGCUGUUCAAAGCUCAAAUACUGAAGUUCUUAUCUUUAAAACAUUCCCAAAAUGAAUACCCGGUACUUCUCCACGCCAGACUCGUUUUGUAAUUCGGGUACUGCGGUUUCAUUCUCAUCAAACUCUGCAGUAGGAGAGAAUCGUGGGCCUGUGAGCAUUCGGACCAGGUCUGCUCGUGCUCCUCCUGCAACUUUCCUGAUAAGAAUGGCGAUGAGGAUAUCAAGGGCAAGGUGGUUCACCUUCUUGAGAAGAGUAUUUCACUAUCAGAAUGGUUCAAGAUCCAAUCUCGGGUCUAAUCCUUUCAAUUCUAGCACUUGGAUGAUGCUGGAGUUUAUAGCUUUGCUCGUUCAAAUCAGUAUGACCACGUUCACUCUGGCUAUUUCGAAGAUGGAGAAACCUAUUUGGCCUAUGAGAAUUUGGAUCGUUGGUUAUGAUAUUGGAUGUCUCCUUAGCCUGCUGCUAGUCUAUGGGCGCUACCGCCAAGUUCAUGUUGUUCAAGGGGAUAGUUUUGGCCUCUCUGAUUUGGAACAACAGAGGGGAAGUGAGGACUCCAGGUGCACACAUUUGAUGAACAAGUGUCGGACUUCCCUUGAGCUAUUCUUUGCAAUAUGGUUUGUGAUGGGUAAUGUUUGGGUGUUCGAUUCGCGCUUUGGAUCUUUCAACCGAGCUCCAAAACUCCAUGUGCUCUGCAUCUCUCUGCUUGCUUGGAAUGCCCUGAGCUACUCAUUUCCAUUUCUACUGUUUCUGCUGCUAUGCUGUUGUGUGCCACUCAUUAGCAGCGUCCUUGGAUAUAAUAUGCAAAUGGGAUCUGCUGAAAGAGGAGCAUCUGAUGAUCAAAUUUCCCGUCUACCAAGUUGGAAAUAUAAAGCUGUUGACACCAAUUCAGAGGUUGCCAGUAACAUUGACUGCACAUCAACACUUGCGAAUGACGAUCCGGAAUGCUGUAUUUGCCUGGCAAAGUACAAAGACAAGGAAGAAGUGAGGCAAUUACCAUGUUCCCAUAUGUUUCACCUCAAGUGUGUAGAUCAGUGGCUCAGAAUCAUAUCCUGCUGCCCUCUUUGCAAACAAGAGCUGGAGAGAUAGGAAGCAAUAGAAAGGCUGAAGUUGUUCUAGGCUUUUUCUUUUCUUUUCUUUUUCUGCAUUUAUUAUGUUUGAUUAUCUUUUAUUUUAUUUUUUUUUCCUUAAUAAUUUUUUGAGGCAAGAAAUUGUGUAUUUUAUAAUGGUUACUCGAGUGAGUUGCUUGUACAGUGAAGCUCCGGGGUACCCAUAUCUACAAAUACCUGUCUUGAGCAUAUGCAUAUGCCAGGAAAAUGGAGACUGGAGAGUGCUUUUGUUUCCCAAGGGUAGCUAGAGCACGUUGCUCCUAAAGAAUACCAGUCAUUUCUUUUUAUUUUUUUCUUUUUUUUUAAUUACACUGUACUAGAUAUUUAGAAUACAUGUAUAUACACUUAAAUGAUGCAUUAACUUUCAGUAUAUAGUUUAAGAAUUUGUAAAAGUUGAACACAAAUGAGUAUAUUUCUUUUUAUGUUUUUCUAA